UCCAUAAGACAAAAAUGGCAGAAGACGACAUUGCACAGAAGAUAGCUAAGUUGAAGCAGGAGAUGGUUGGUGAAAUAAGAGGUGCCAUGCAACGUAGCUGGGGAGAAGUGGUAAGCUUAUACGAGAGGGAGCCUAUGACUCACAUGACCAAGAUCAGCAGGUCCGGCUACACAGCCUUGCAUGUGGCCGUGGCCGAUGGCAAUGAAGACAUUGUUGAAAAGCUAGUGAAUCGGAUCAAGGUUGUGCAAGAGAAGACUGAACCAACCAACCCAAACCAUAUCGUUGAGAAGAGUGAGAUUUUGUUAACACCGGUUGAAGAUGAAUAUACGAUGGUCGAAACAGGAGAGAAACUUGUAAUGUACUCCAAACCUCUUGAAAUCAAAAACCAGAAGGGAGAUACGGCUCUUCAUCUGGCUGCUCUUAUAGGAAACGUCCGUAUGUGCAGGGCCAUUAUCACAGCAGCCUCUUCUGAUGUUAAGCUGGCGGCAUCGUUGAUUGAGAUUGAGAAUAACAUGGGCGAAACUCCACUCUUCUUGGCUGCUCUCCAUGGCAAGAAGGAUGCUUUCCUUUACCUUAACUCAGUCUUGACUAAUAAAGCUGGAAGUUCAAAAUGGGCAGUUAGAUGUUGUAGAAGGCAUAAUGGUGAUACUGUUCUGCAUUGUGCCAUAGAUGGCGAGUUCUUCGAUUUGGCUUUUCAGAUAAUAUCAUUGAAUGAAGAUUUAGCAAAGUCUGUCAAUGGCGCAGGACAAGCCCCUCUCCAUAUUUUAGCUGAUAAGCCUUGUGCAUUUAGAAGUUCUAUCAACAAGUUGGAUUUAUGGAGAGCAAUCAUUUAUAAAUUUAUAUAUGUGGAAAAGCUGACGACAAAUGUAGAACCUAGUGAAACUUCAUUAAGAAGCUCUGACGAUGGUGAACAAGAACAGAAGAAGUAUCCACCAAACUACUUCACUUUGGUCAGAAUCUUUGCUUAUCUAUGGAAGUUCGUUGUAAUUGUGACUACUUCUAGAUUUAGCUUUGAAGAAGAAACUACUACAAACAACCCUAAUGUGGGAGACAAAGAUAGUCCGAGAAAUAGUACGGCAGCUGGAACUGAUAUAGAGAAUCAAACUUAUAGAGGAAACCAAGGAAACAAAUCAGUACCCGAAAUGGUUCCACCAAAUUAUGUCAUCAUCUAUAAUUUUCUCAAGCUUAUACAUAGGAGCCUACUAGCUUUCACGGGACUAGGACAUGGAUGGAUAAUUGGUAUACGGAAACUAAAAGAGAAGCAUCAAUGGUCUGUUCAAGUAUUGAACGAACUUUUAAAACAUAAUAUUUUGUAUGACUUCGAAGAUGCUGGGGAGAUGCCAUAUUUUGACGUACAAAAUAAGAAGUAUUAUGAAGAACUAAAUUUGGCAUUUGAUCAGGCGAAGGAAGAAAGCCCAAAUGAUCAAAAGAGUAGUACUAGUGAAGUCGUAAUCAGAAAGAGAGAAACACCCAUAUUAAUUGCAGCACGAAAUGGUAUCACAGAAAUGGUAGAGAUAAUCCUAAAAAGAUUUCCAAUGGCCAUCUAUGACUCGAACGAGGAUGGGAAGAAUAUAGUGUUGUUGGCUUUGGAGAAUAAGAAAGUAAAAUUGUACAAGUUCUUGCUCCAGAAAUUUUCCAAAAACGAGAGUAUCUUUCGCAGAGUUGAUAACAAUGGGAAUGGUGCAUUGCAUGUUGCCGCAGCAAAUAAUGAUCAUGGAAAUCUACAUCGCUGGCCUAUUCCUGGUGAUGCUUUGCAGAUGCAGUGGGAAAUUAAAUGGAACAUGUUUGUAAAGAAUUCAAUGCCGGAGGACUUUUUUGUUGGGUACAACAACAAGGGAGAAACUCCAGAAGCCAUCUUCACAAGGGACCACAAGAGUCUUGUCCAGACAGGUAGUGAAUGGAUGAGAAAAACUGCAGAGUCUUGCUCCCUCGUCGCCGCCCUCAUCGCCACCGUCGCUUUCGCCACAUCGACAUCUCUACCCGGCGGCACCAGCGACCAAAACGGGAAACCAAUGUUGGCAAAGCAGCCGGCAUUUCAUGUGUUUGCCGUGGCUUCAUUGAUAGCUCUAUGCUUUUCAGUCACUUCCUUGGUGAUGUUCCUCGCCAUCCUCACUUCUCGGUUUUCGGAGAAAGAUUUUGAUAAAGUUCUACCAUGGAAACUUUUGAUGGGACUAACCUCAUUGUUUUUGGCCAUAGUCUCUAUGCUUGUUUCGUUCUGUGCUGGCCACUUCUUUGUUCUUCAAGAUGCUCUCAAAGUAGCUGCAUUUCCAGUUUACACUCUCACUUUCAUACCAAUAUCUUUCUUUGCGGCAGCUCAGUUUCCACUCUAUAUUGAUCUGGUGCGAGCCACCUUUUGGAGUCCCUUUGGUGGCCAGGAAAAUUAUUUUCAUUGAAUGCAUAUUAGUUAGAAGAAAAAUGCUUUGUGUAAUUUUAUUUAUUAAUUUUUUUUUGAAGCUAGAGAAACUAAGAGUAAUAUAGAUAGAAUUUAGGCAGAUGAUAUAAAGUACUGUUAACUUACUUUGUGAAUGUUAGAAUAUAUACCCACAUGCUAUAUAUUCUUAUAAUAUCAUGUAUGUGUAUGGCAUAAUAAUAAUAAUACUUUUUUUUU